AUGUACGGAGAUCGAGCCGACGAGGGGCUGCUAGAGAAGAUCGCGCGCGUCGGACGUGCCAUCCCAGGUUUCCUUUGCAACUUGCCAGUGAGGGUUGUGUUGAGAAGAGCUCUAGGAGCCCUGUAUGCUCUAGGAAGGAGCGUCAAGUCCAUUCUGACCAUGGAAGCUCUCAGCGACGUUCUCCUCGAGCACAAACUCCCGCACACGGUCUGGCUGUUGGGGGUUCGAUACACUCUCGCACCUCCACCGAUGGGGCAGAGGGGAGAGGGCAGAGAAACUGAGCAGACAGUCGUUGACGAGAGCCAGAAUUUCAAGCUGGACAUGUGGUCAAGGCUGUGGUUUAGUUACAGAUAUAACUUUCACCCCAUCUCAGGAACAGAACUCACAACAGACACGGGUUGGGGCUGUAUGAUACGCAGCGGACAGAUGCUCAUUGGCCAAGCACUUGUUCAUCAUCAUCUUGGCCGCGAUUGGCGUCUCUCCCAUACGUCCAAAUACAACGAGCUGCCGUCGGACUACCGCAAGGUCCUCGAGAUGUUUCUCGAUCAUCCGUGUGCCCCCCUCUCCAUCCACUCCUUCGUGCGGGCAGGGCAGCAGGUCGGCAAGAAGGCGGGGACAUGGUUCGGCCCCAACACUGUCUGCUCUGCGUUCAGCAAACUUCAUGCCGGCGGCGCUCUUGGCUCCGACAACAACCUUCAGCUCCUUGCCUACGACGGCAACGACGGCGACAACACCAUCUACAAGAGUGAAGCUCUAGAGCUUCUGCAGGCGGGCCCGCUCUUCAUCCUCCUGCCCACACGCCUUGGAGUGAGCUCUGUCGACCCAUCCUACAUCCCCAAGAUCUCGCACGUUUUCAGCUUCCCUCAAAGUCUCGGAUUCAUCGGGGGGAAGCCGUCGUCGGCUCACUACUUCAUCGCCUCGCAAGGAGAAGCGGUGUAUUACCUGGACCCCCACACGCCUCAACCCCUCAUCAACAUAUCCGAGAAAGAGUCAGUCUAG